GGCCCAUGGUAUAGCUUUGGACAUGGAGUGAAGUCUCAUUCUAGAAUUUCUCUAAUUGACUUUGUUAAUUAGUUGGAGAGGUAGACACAAAUUUAAUUUGUUCAUAAUUGUUUGUCGAUUGCUCUUCAUAAAGAAAGAGAGUAAAAUAAAAAUAAAAUAAACAACAUCAAAGUCGUGUAGAAGAAUUUUAUAUAAAGUUAGCACAAUGUUCGACAAAGGGUUUUAGAAAAUGGAGGGUUUAUGCUCGUAGAAAUUUUGGGUAUGAAUUGAUUCAUUACACCAAUUCUCAAACGUUGCUUGGUUUACUUUUAAAUUCCAACGUUAGAUUCAGAAUCGUCUCUUGCUGGAAGCAGGAGGAGGAGGAGGAGAAGAAGAAGAAGAAGAAGAAGCAGCGGCAUCAUGAGGAUUGCAGUGGAAGGUUGCAUGCACGGUGACCUCGACAAUGUCUACAGAACUCUCCAAUACAUGGAGCAAGUUCAAAACAUCAAAAUCGACCUUCUGCUCUGCUGUGGGGACUUUCAGGCUGUUAGGAAUGAGAACGAUCUGAAGAGCUUAAAUGUGCUGCCCAAAUAUCGAUCAAUGAACUCGUUCUGGAAGUAUUACUCUGGAGCUGAAGUCGCUCCUUAUCCUACUAUUUUCAUUGGUGGGAAUCAUGAAGCCUCUAAUUAUCUGUGGGAAUUGUACUAUGGAGGUUGGGCUGCGCCUAAUAUAUUCUUCUUAGGCGUUGCUGGUGUAGUCAAGUUUGGAAAUAUCCGUAUCGGUGGGCUAUCUGGGAUCUAUAAUGCACGCCAUUAUCAUUUAGGUCACCAUGAGAGGCCUCCAUAUAAUGAGAAUACUAUAAGAUCUAUUUACCACGUUCGUGAAUAUGAUGUUCAGAAGCUUAUGCAAGUUGAGGAACCCAUUGACAUUUUUCUUUCUCAUGAUUGGCCACUUGGCAUCACCGAUUAUGGAAACUGGAAGCAACUUGUUAGGUUUAAACCAUUUUUUGAGAAGGAGAUUCAGGAAAGAAGUCUUGGGAGUAAGGCUGCAGCUGAGUUGCUGGAGAAGUUGAAACCACCUUACUGGUUUUCUGCCCACUUGCACUGUAAGUUUGCUGCUCUUGUUCAACAUGGUGAGGGCGGCCCCUUGACAAAAUUUCUUGCUCUCGACAAGUGUCUUCCUAGACGCCAAUUUUUACAGGUUAUUGAGAUUGAAUCAGAGCCUGGACCUUAUGAGAUACAUUAUGAUGAAGAAUGGUUAGCAAUAACACGAAGAUUCAAUGAAAUUUUCCCUUUGACAGCAAAAAAUGCAAAUUAUGAAAAUAUAAAGCUAGAAAUGGAAGAUUGUCGACAAUGGGUCAAAACUAGACUAAAAGAAAGAGGAACAAAACCUUUUGAUUUCGUUCAGACCGUUCCUUGUUAUGAUCCAUCAAGAUCCGUCUCCAACAGUUCUCUUGCUGGAUAUCCUCGAAAUCCCCAGACCGAAUCUUUGCUGAAGUUUCUUGAACUCCCUUAUCUCCUUGAUGACAUGACAAAAUCUGAUGGACCAUCAGGGAGUUCUAUACCUUCAUCAGACAGUGGUUCGUUCUUUGAUAGUGAAGACAUUCCAAUUGAUGAUAUAGAUGAUGUGGAAGGAGAAACUGCCGAACCUGAAGACGCAUAAACCCUGAAUCUGGGCAAUAACACCAAAACCUUCCUUAGUGAAUUGAGAUUUACCAUUUACUUUUAUGCUAAAAUUGUAUAGAAUGGGCUCUCUCUUCCCACUUAAUUAUAUGUAUCCUAUUUACAUGAAUGCGAAUGAAUUGAGCCUUUCUUUACCAAACUCUUUUUGCAACACUUUGUAUUCCCCAGAGUGAGAUUGAUGAUCUGAGAUGUACAUAAUGAAAACUUGAAAUGUAAUAUAGAUCAAAAUUCAAUUCUUCUCAAA